AUGGAAGUUGAAGAAACAAAUGAAGAUUCGCAGUCAGCUCUAUUAUCUGAAAUUGUUAUAUCUUCCAAGUCAUUCGAAUUCACAUUCCGAAAACUAUAUAUAGUGCACAAGACUACGCCCGAGGAAGAAAGUAUUUUGAAAACGCUUGAAGAAUAUAAAGACUCUACUAUAUUACCUAGAGAAGUUACUAAUAAGCUUGUAGAAGAUCUAUCGCAAUUUGA